AUGUCGGUUAAUGAUGUUCAAGCUCUCUGUUUGGCACCAACUCGCGAACUCGCCAGACAAAUUCUGAGCGUUGUUCAAACAAUGGGUCAAUUUACCAACAUCAAAACUCAGUUGGCUAUCCCGAAUAUGGUCCCACGUGGUCAGCGGAUCGAUGCACAUAUUGUUGUUGGGACACCUGGUCCGGUCCUUGACUUGAUUCGUCGAAAGGAAUUGGCCGUAGAAUAUCUUAAGGUUCUUGUACUCGAUGAGGCAGAUAAUAUGCUUGAUCUACAAGGACUUGGAGAACAGUGUCUCAGUGUGAAACGGAAUAUACCCUCCAACACCUAG